AUGGCUCUGAUGUUCACGGGGCAUACUUUAUUUCUAGCAUUAAUGAUGUUUGCUGUCUUCACUUCUGAAGAAUCUGUAAGCAAUUACUCUGAUUGGGUGACUUUCAUAGAAAAUGUAGACCAAUAUGAAAAACAGCAACUUGAAGGUCUCAGUGCUGAGCAGAAGCUGAAAAAAACAGUUCUUUAUCCAAGCUUGUAUUUCGAUGCUGAAGAUGUCCAGGCACUGAGGCAGAAGGCUCAUACAAGCCAUUCCCAUCUAUUUAGAUCCAUCAGAAGUGCGGUGACGGUUAUGCUAUCCAACCCAUUAUACUACCUACCUCCACCCAAGCAUGUUGAUUUUGCUGCAAAGUGGAAUGAGAUUUAUGGUAACAAUCUGCCAUGUCUAGCAUUUUAUUGUUUGCUGUGCCCUGAAGAUAAAGCUGCAUUUGAUUUUGCCCUAGAAUAUAUGGAUAGAAUGGCUGGCUACAAAAACUGGUUGGUUGAGAAUGCACCUGGAGAUGAAGUGCCACUCGGUCACUCCCUAACAGGAUUUGCCACUGCUUUUGACUUCUUGUAUAAUUCACUGGAAAAUGAGAGGAGGCAAAAAUACCUGGAGAAGAUAUGGUCUGUAAGCGAGGAAAUGUAUGAGUACUCAAAGGUUCGUUCCUGGGGAAAACAGCUUCUCCAUAAUCACCAAGCAACAAAUAUGCUUGCUUUGCUUAUUGGGGCUUUAGUUGCAGGGGUGGACAAAGGAUCUCAGGCAAAUAUUUGGAAACACGCUGUUGUUGAUGUGAUGGAGAAAACAAUGUUUCUGCUCAAUCAUAUUGUAGACGGGUCUCUGGAUGAGGGAGUGGCUUAUGGAAGUUACACAGCCAAGUCAGUAACCCAAUAUGUUUUCCUGGCCCAGCGCCACUUUGGUAUUAACAACUUGGAGAACAACUGGCUCAAAACGCACUUUUGGUUUUACUAUGCCACCCUGUUACCAGGCUUUCAGAGGACUGUGGGCAUAGCAGAUUCUAAUUACAACUGGUUUUAUGGUCCUGAGAGCCAACUGGUUUUUUUAGAUAAGUUUAUCAUGAAGAAUGGAGCUGGCAACUGGCUGGCACAGCAGAUUAGGAAACAUAGACCCAAGGACGGGCCAAUGGUGCCGUCCACUGCACAGAGGUGGAGCACACUACACACUGAAUUUAUAUGGUACGCUGCCGAAAUCGCUCCUCAGCCGCCUCCUGACUACGGUAAUGCUAAAAUGCAUGUCUUUCCUAACUGGGGAGUUGUUACUUAUGGAGCUGGACUGCCAAACAGUCAGACAAACACCUUUGUGUCCUUUAAGUCUGGAAAACUCGGUGGACGUGCUGUCUAUGAUAUUGUUCACUUUCAACCAUAUGCUUGGAUUGAUGGGUGGAGAAGUUUCAAUCCGGGACAUGAACAUCCUGAUCAGAACUCUUUCACUUUUGCUCCCAAUGGACAGGUAUUUGUAUCUGAGGCUCUUUAUGGACCUAAACUCAGCCACCUGAACAAUGUCUUGGUCUUUGCUCCAUCUCCUACGAGCCAGUGCAACCAGCCUUGGGAGGGACAGCUUGGUGAGUGUGCCCAGUGGCUGAAGUGGAUUGGUGAUGAGGUUGGAGACUCAACUGGAGAAAUUAUAACAGCCUCCCAGGCUGGAGACAUGAUGUUUGUGAGUGGUGAGGCGGUAUCUGCUUAUACAUCAGCAAUGAAAUUGAAAAGUGUGUAUCGCGUUUUGCUGCUCUUAAAUUCUCAGACAUUGUUAGUAGUAGACCAUAUUGAGAAGGAGGAAGACUCUCCUGUUAAUUCUGUCAGUGCCUUUUUUCAUAAUCUCGACAUUGAUUUUAAAUACAUACCCUAUAAAUUUAAGAACAAAUACAACGGAGCUAUGAUGGAUGUGUGGGAUGCCCACUACAAGAUGUUUUGGUUUGAUCAUCAUGGGAGUAGUCCUGUUGCUAGGAUACAGGAGGCAGAACAAGCUGCGGAAUUCAAAAAGCGGUGGACUCAGUUUGUAAAUGUUACCUUUCCAAUGAAAAACACGCUUACAAGGAUUGUUUACCUUUUCUAUGGCCCAUAUGUCAAUGUUUCUAACUGCAGACUCAUAGAUAAUGCAAAAUCUGGAUUUCAGAUUUUGCUCAGUGUCAACAACACUGAAAAUACCAUCUCUGUUGUGACUGAGUAUCAGAAUUUAAAGACAAGGUUCGAUUACUUGGGGUUUGGUGGUUUUGCCAAAGUAGUUCAUGAAAACAAAGUGACGAAGUUUGGUCUAGGUACUGAAUCUGUGGAAAAACGAGUAAAACACAAUAGGGUGGUUUUUCCAUUUGGAUUCAAAGUGAACAUAAUUGCAGGGUUAAUUUUGGGUGUUAGUUUGGUCAUACUGGCUUUUCAGUGGCGGUUUUACAUAUCCUUUAGUAAAAUGUUGCGUUGGAUCCUGAUACUGGUGGUCAUACUGUGGCUUAUUGAAUUGGUGGAUGUGUGGAGCAUGUGUACUCAGCCCAUCUGUGCAAAAUGGAGCAGUGACGUGACAAGGCUAGAACAUGAUAAAGGCAAUAAAGCCAAACAAGUAGAAGGAAAUCCCCUUGUUUUGCCAGAUGUUAUCAUUACUUCACUUCCUGCUUCAGGUGCAGAAAUUUUAAAACAGCUGUUUUUCAAUAGCAGUGACUUCUUAUACGUCAGGAUACCUACACCCUAUCUCGAAAUUCCUGAGACUGAAUUUGAAAUUGAUUCCUUUGUAGAUCCAUGUGAAUGGAAGGUUUCUGAUGUCCAGAAUGGUCAUUUUCGUCUUAUCCAAGGGUGGCUCCAGUCUCUAGUUCGAGGCACAAAGUUACAUUUGCAAAACAUUCAUUUAUAUGAAGCCAGCAGAAGUAAAAUUGCUCAGCAUUCUGCCAUAAGCAAGGACAAAAAGAAAAGAUCCAAAAAGAGAGAAUCUCUGUCAGAGCAGAGAAGCAGGGCAAGAGGGAGUCAAGAUAAAGAUGCUGAAUAUAUUAGGGAGCUGAGAAGACAUCUCACCUAUUAUCCUAAUGCACGACCUGUGCUUAGUUUAAGUAGUGGGAGCUGGACAUUAAAGCUUCCCUUCUUUCAGGAAAUCCUAGGACCAUCAAUGAGAGCAUUAUAUGUAGUAAGGGAUCCACGGGCGUGGAUCUAUUCAAUGUUGUACAAAAAUAAGCCAAGCCUUUACUCCUUGAAAAAUGUUCCACAACGCUUGGCUGCAAUGUUUAAAGGGGAGAAUGGUAAAGGAAAAUGUAGUUUAAAUGAAGGCUAUGCCUUUGAAUAUGAAUCAUUAAGAAAAGAACUUUCAAAUUCUAAUUCAAACGCUGUUUCUGUUUUGUCCUAUUUGUGGCUAACAAAUACAGCAGCAGCACUGAGAAUAAAUGGGGACUUGCAGCCAACAAACUAUCAGCUGGUCAAGUUUGAAGAUAUUGUGAGCUUUCCUCAGAAGACGGCUGAAACAAUUUUUGCCUUUCUUGGUAUUCCUCUUCCCCCUGCUAGCUUAAACCAAAUAUUAUUUGCCACCUCCACCAGUCUUUUCUAUCUUCCUUACGAAGGGGAAAUUUCACCAAGUAGCAUUCAUGCCUGGAAACAAAACAUGCCCAGUGAAGAGAUUAGACAGAUUGAAGAUAUCUGUUGUUCUCUAAUGGACCACUUAGGAUACCCAAAGUUUAUAGAAUAA